UCCUUUUUUCUAUAUAACCCAAACUCUUGACAUCUUUUGAUCUCUCUUUCCCUCUCUUCUCUUAACAACAUCUUCGUCCCUUCACCAUGGGAAGAUCUCCUUGUUGCGAAAAAGCUCACACAAACAAAGGAGCUUGGACUAAAGAAGAAGACCAACGUCUCAUCGAUCACAUCCGUAAUCAUGGUGAAGGUUGUUGGCGUUCUCUUCCUAAAUCCGCUGGAUUGUUGCGUUGUGGUAAAAGUUGUAGAUUGAGAUGGAUUAAUUACCUUCGUCCUGAUCUUAAACGUGGUAACUUUACUAAUGAAGAAGAUCAAAUCAUCAUCAAACUCCAUAGCUUACUCGGGAACAAAUGGUCAUUGAUAGCUGGGAGAUUACCAGGAAGAACAGAUAACGAAAUCAAGAAUUAUUGGAACACUCAUAUCAAAAGGAAGCUUCUUAGUCAUGGGAUUGAUCCACAAACUCAUCGGCCGAUCAACGAUACCAAAGCGGUGCCGUCUCAGAUCGUUGUUGUUGGUCCGAAUCAAAACGACGCCGUUGAGUACUCUCUCUCCAACUUAGCUGUUAAACAGGAAAAUUCCUCCGGAGCUUCCACUAGUGGCACGACGACUGAUGAGGAUCUCCGGCAGAACGGGGAGUGUUAUUACAGUGGUGAUAAUUCAGAACGUAUAGAGCUGAAUUUGGAUUUAACUCUCGGGUUUGGAUCGGGUUCGGGUCGGGUAGUUGGAGCCGGGUUAUUGGCUGAUUCAAAGCCGUGGCGGGAUCAGUUGAUGGCGGCGCGUUUGUCACUGUUGUAAGAAUUUACCAAACCGGCACAAAAAAACCAAAAAUUGGGUUUUUUUAGAUUUUUUUUUUAUUAUAUAUUUUUAUUUCUGUUGGUCGUUUU